CUGGAUGAAAAGGACCCGCGGCGUCUUUUUGAAGGCAAUGCUCUGCUGAGGCGACUGGUUCGCAUUGGGGUGCUGGAUGAGGGCAAGAUGAAGCUGGAUUACAUCCUGGGCCUGAAGAUUGAAGAUUUCUUGGAGAGGCGGCUGCAGACCCAGGUCUUCAAGCUGGGUUUGGCUAAAUCUAUUCACCAUGCCCGUGUGCUCAUCGGCCAGCGUUACAUCAGGGUCCGCAAGCAGGUGGUGAACAUCCCGUCCUUCAUUGUUCAUCUGGACUCCCAGAAGCACAUUGAUUUCUCCCUCCGGUCUCCUUACGGUGGUGGCCGACCAGGCCGAGUGAAGAGGAAGAAUGCCAAGAAGGGCCAGGGUGGUGCCGGAGCUGAUGAUGAUGAAGAAGAAGAUUAAGUUAAUGUCUCCCUGGACUGGAGAAUUGUCUAGUUUCCGGUUGGCUAAUAAAACAGAAUUAACACUUAAAAAAA